AGGGGCAAAGGGGGUAAAAGGAGGGCAAGAGAGUGAAGAAAGGAAGGAAGGAAGGAAAGAGGGGGCGGCGAAAGCAGAGCUGUGAUGCAGGCAGUGAAUCACAUGAGCAGAGAUCUGUUUACAAACCGAGAGCUGGAGAUGAGAAGUGGAGAACAGAGACGAGGGAGGAGAGUGAACGUGAGAGGAGCCUGGAUCAGAAUUAAGAUUAGCGCCGUUGUCUUCCUGUGUUACCAACCCCGCGCCGUGGGUUCUGCGUAUGGAGCAGGGAGGCAGAUGGAGGCGCUGCCAUCGACUUUCCACGGGAGAACCUGCCCGGAUAACAGAGAAAUUCAUCCGUGUCGUUUUCCUUUGUCUCUCCACAGCAGGAAUUUGAAGCCAUUGAUAAAAAGAGUGACACAGGGAUAUAACAGUGACUUGGGAUUGCAUCCGUGACUCCACGUAGGUUUCUUUGUCACCCACUGAAGAUACAAAGGCGGAUCUGACAGUCGAUGGGAGUGUUUAGUGGAUGUUUCCUUUGGGUUUCAGACUAAGUAAACCUGUUUUCAGUUACCAAACCCAGAGAACUUGUUGAGAAACCCAAAACUUUCCCCGGCUGAGUGCCGAUCGACCAUUCACAUGUUAUUGGAUGCAUCCGGCUCACUGGUGUCACGGGUGUUUGUGUGACUUUGAACUGCAGGAAUUCGUCCCUGACUGCAACAUGACAAGCGAAAGUCUCUUCAACCUGCCGCUUAAUAUUUACAUCAUCAUCCUGGGCAUCGGCCUCUUCACCCUCAUGCUCAGCCUCAUCUUCUGCUGCUACUUGUUCAGAUUAAGAAGACAAGGUACAAGAGACCAUUAUGGCUACAGUGAGGUAGUUCUAAAAGGAGCGGGAAAGAAAAUGAGUCUUCUUGGUCAAACAUGUGCAGUAUGUUUGGAAGAGUUUCGCAGCAGGGAUGAGCUUGGAGUGUGUCCGUGUUCCCACGCUUUUCAUAAGAAAUGUCUGCUGAAAUGGUUAGAAAUCCGGAAUGUGUGUCCGAUGUGUAACAAGUCAGUUUGUCGAAUCCAGCAUGACCCCCAACAAACACCCGAGCAGCCACAGAGUCUCUCGGAAGUCUGAUAAAGGAGCCCUACCCAGCAAUGCAGAGCGCUCUCCGUUCAGCUGAACUCUGACACAGUUUUAGUUUUUUUUCUUUUUAAAAAUUUAAAUAUUUUUUUGAGGCAGAGUUACUCUUGCAGAAAUGUUAAAAUAAACAUUGUUGUGAUCAGAAGAACAUUUUUGGAAAAAUGCAUGAAGGGGACACUUAGACACAAGGUAAUGGUAACAACAUCUUAACGUGGGGUUUGUAAAUCAAAGUAAGAACGCUUAAUGUUGAAUAUCUUGUGCUCAAGUUGGUUGAAAGUCAACUUCAGGUCGUGAAUUGAAAUAUACUUUUUUCAGAUUUUCCAGACUGAUUGGUAACACCAUAAUAUCCUGGAUUUUGUGCAAACAAAAAACUACAAUGGUGCAACGAAAAGACAAGGCUUUAUGUACAAGGCAGCCAUAUUGAUUAAAACUUAGUAAGCUAGCUAAGAAAGUUCAUGUGACUUUGAACUCAACUUGAAUGCUACCAUUCUCAGUACAUAGGCCCAUGCUAAUGCUAAGUGCCUUAAAGUCAUGUAACCAUGUACUAAUAGGUUUUUAGCAUUAUAUUUCAACCUGUUCAGUGCCAGCAGAGAAGUGAAGUGACCUAACCAAGACGUAGACUAUGUAUUCAGGGCUAGUGGUAUCAAAAAAAGUGGUUUUCUGAAGAAAUUUGCCUCCAAAUUAUUUGCGUAAAAUCUACUCAUUAAUUGGGAAGCUGAGAAAGCUAGAAGCAAUGCUACGUGACACUCUAUUGGCUGGUGUUUGGGAAACAGCCAAUUGAGGAGCUCCAUACAUUUUCCUUAUCGCUGAUUGGCUGAACCCAUAAGGACAAUAGGGGUGUUAGCUCCUGCUGUAGUGCUACAACGGUUUUCGUUUUUAUAUUAAUGCAGGUUAGAAAAUAGAUAGUUUGAAUUGUUAUAAUUAGCAGUUGCAAGCAUUUUAGAGGGGUUCUUAAGUAUUCAGUAUUUUAGCUCUUAGCGCUUGGUUACAUUCGCUAACCUCUGGAAAUGCCGAGAGCCCACUGUAUAAAGUUGAGUUGUUUACUGGUUGUUAAUGUCUUUUAUGUGGGAAUUUUUAUGUGAAUUCAAUAAGACAAAGUUCAAACCACACGAUUCUUUACAACAAAACAUUGUCAAGGUGUAACAGACACAGAAAAGAGUCAAUCGGGCUUACCAUAGUACACACAGACUGAAUUGAUAUCUCUCUAGCAUAGAAACUAGCCGUCAACGCGCCCGCCACAUUGUGAGUGGCGUCUUCUUGUUGGAUUUACUGGCGGUUGGCAACAAACCUUUAGGAGCUUUACCGCCACUUAUUGGUAUGGAGUGUGAUUCAUGAUGGUCUAUUAUGAAGUUAUUAUGUUAUUAUGAAGAUGCGAAACAGUGUUAAGAGGUUCUGUACCUCAGUGUAUGCAAACUUUGUUUAUGUUUUUUCUUAGACCAUCAAAGGUAAAACAGAAAGACCUUGAGUUGUUAACUUGAAUUUAAAAAAUGGCACAGAACUACCCUCUUUCUUACAUUUAAAAAAUGCCACUCACAAAAUGGCAGUGGAAAAACUGACUGGUGCAGGAUCCAUUUUCAAGCAGCAUCCACUCUUCCAUUGCUUAUAAGUGACUUCCUCUGACUUUAAAACGGUUUGGAUCUGUUAGAAAUUGUGCUAUCCAGUUGUGAAUGUUCCCAGAUGAUGUUUUGUAGUGAAAUUGAUCAUUUCUGCCUCAGAGAAAUGUUUUCAUGUCAAAUGCUCCCCAUAGACUUCACCUUGUGAAAAUGGUGUCCUUUUUCUCUCUCUUUUUUUUAUCAGCAAGACUUUAAUCAAAUGAAGACUUGGGAAAAAGGGGGCAGGGGAUUAAGCCCACUAAACACCAACACAGAAAGAAUCAGAACUCUGUUUUGGUCCAUGUUCUCUCAAAACUGAAAUGAAGGUUUCCACAGGUUUUCUUAAAUAAGAAGAAAAUCCACACUGGGUUUUUUAAAUUUAAAUAACGUGGCAAUUACAAACAGCUAAUUAUAUCAAAAUGACAAAGAUUAUGAGCUCUGUUAUAAGCUACUCUGGGAAAAAGAAGCUCAAAAUAAAUAAAUUAAUAUCACGUUCAUGAUGGGUUUAGGCUUGUCCCCAUGUGACUUUUUAUAGCUAAAUUGUUUGUAUUAUCAAUAAAACCUGGAUUGUGUCAGUGAUGAUAAACAUUUUUAAUGUAUUUCUCGAAUCUUGGAUUUGUUGUACCUCAAGAAAAUGGGACAAAACCAAUUCAUCCUCAACAAAAAAAUAAUUGCUAUUGCUGAACUAAAAAAUUGUUUUCAACCAUUAAGAGGUAAACAGAUUCUUUAAGUUGAUGUCCUGUUGGUGGGAUGUACACCUUAAACCUAAUUAUCAGUAUAUUCAAUGUUGUAUAGUACUCUGUAAAUACAAAGCUGACUUUUGUAAGAAAAGACAAUUACAAAAAACAACCAAUAUAAUCGUUCUUUUAAAUGUCAUUUUAAAAUUUGUGUUGAUUUUUCUCUGUGAAUAAUUUUAUUGUGAUAAAUUAAAAUAUUAUGCAUUA